CCCGCGGCGGCCCUUUAAAUAGCCGCCCCGCGCCUAGCGGUGCGUCGUCCUGAGCUUCUCGAGCAUCUCCGCCUCGGCGCUCCGCUUGGACCCGCGGCCGCAGGCGAGCAAUCAUGUUUGAGAUUAAGAAGAUCUGCUGCAUCGGUGCUGGCUAUGUCGGCGGGCCAACGUGCAGCGUUAUUGCACAGAUGUGUCCUAAAAUCCAAGUCACUGUUGUAGAUGUCAACGAAGCUAGAAUCAAUGCCUGGAAUUCAGACACGCUCCCCAUCUACGAGCCGGGGUUAAAAGAAGUGGUGGAGUCCUGUCGAGGAAGAAAUCUCUUCUUUUCCACCAGUAUAGAUGAUGCCAUCAGAGAGGCUGAUCUUGUAUUUAUUUCUGUUAACACUCCCACCAAGACUUACGGGAUGGGAAAAGGGCGAGCAGCUGAUCUGAAAUACAUUGAAGCUUGUGCUAGACGAAUUGUACAAAACUCAAAUGGCUAUAAGAUUGUCACUGAGAAAAGCACGGUUCCAGUACGUGCUGCAGAGAGCAUUCGUCGAAUAUUUGAUGCUAAUACUAAGCCUGACUUGGAUUUGCAGGUGCUGUCUAACCCAGAGUUCCUUGCAGAAGGAACAGCAAUCAAGGACUUGAAAAACCCAGAUAGGGUGCUCAUUGGUGGUGAUGAUUCUCCAGAAGGACAGAAAGCUGUCCGUGCUCUUUGUGCUGUUUAUGAGCACUGGGUGCCUAAAGAAAAAAUCCUCACGACCAAUACCUGGUCGUCAGAACUCUCUAAACUGGCAGCUAAUGCUUUCCUUGCCCAAAGAAUCAGCAGCAUUAACUCGAUCAGUGCUCUGUGUGAAGCUACAGGAGCAGAUGUUGAAGAAGUAGCAAGAGCUAUUGGAACAGACCAAAGAAUUGGAAAUAAGUUCCUGAAAGCCAGUGUUGGGUUUGGAGGCAGCUGUUUUCAGAAAGAUGUCCUGAAUUUAGUGUACCUUUGUGAGGCACUGAACUUACCUGAAGUAGCCCGUUACUGGCAACAGGUGAUAGACAUGAACGAUUACCAGAGGCGGAGAUUUGCUUCCCGUAUUAUUGACAGCUUGUUCAAUACUGUCGCUGAUAAGAAGAUUGCUAUCUUAGGAUUUGCAUUCAAAAAAGAUACUGGGGACACAAGAGAGUCAUCUAGCAUCUACAUUAGCAAGUAUUUAAUGGAUGAAGGAGCAAAGCUCCACAUCUAUGACCCUAAAGUACCGAAGGAACAAAUCAUCUUGGAUCUCUCACAUCCAGGUGUCUCAGAAGACAACCAAGUGUCUCGGUUGGUCACUAUAAGUCAAGAUCCAUAUGAAGCCUGUGAUGGAGCUCAUGCCCUUGUAAUCUGCACUGAAUGGGACAUGUUUAAGGAGUUGGAUUAUGAGCGUAUUCACAAAAAGAUGCUGAAGCCUGCAUUUAUAUUUGAUGGUAGGAGAGUUCUUGAUGAUCUUCAUAAUGAGCUACAAGUCAUUGGCUUUCAGAUUGAAACAAUUGGGAAGAAGGUGUCAGCCAAAAGAAUCCCUUUUGCUUCUUCUUGUGAAAUUCCGAAGUUCAGCCUGCAGGACCCACCUGUCAAAAAGCCCAGAGUAUAAUGUUUAAUAGGUACCGAAGGAAUUCUGUCACCUUCUUAGUGAUAAUAACUGUAACCCUAUGCUUUUUUUUUUUUUUUUUUUUUUAAGGAAAGAUAUUUUUCAUAAACUACAAUCCGAUUUUAUGCUAGAAAAACAGUACCUGGUACACAUGAACUCGGCGUAUUUUCAAAUCUCUAUUUUUCUAGCAAUUUUGAUUACUGAGGAUGGUACAAACCUGUUUUUAAUAAUGAAUCAACCUUUAAGAGGAAAAGUUACGCUCAAGCUGCAACCUUCUGCUUCCAGAAGUGUUCCUACACUGCACUUUAAGUGUAAAUGCUCAAGUGAUAUGAGCACAAAAGAAAUGGAACAUCUGUUUACUUUAGUCCAGUUACAGACAGUGAUCAGGAACUCAGUUGGUCUCACUUUUUUAUAUUGUCAUUUGGGGUAAUUCUUUCCCCUUACAUGCCUGUUUUAACUGGUGAUGGAGUCAAAAGAUGAGUUCUAUGUGAAUUUUGGUAGUUCUGGGUUGAGACCUAAAACAGAGCUGACUGCAACUAUGUUGCCCUGAUCCUCACUGGGAUCAGUGGGUGCUGAUGCAGUCUGAACUGCAUCUGUUGGGUGCCGGGAGGCUUCUGCAGAUGUCUAUUACAUACUUGUUGGCAGUGGAGUAGUAGCUAUAAACCAAUCCACUGGCUGAUCUUGUUUCUGAUUCUUGGUUCUUGCCUACAUUCCAUAUGCAGCACAUAAAUUACUGAUUUGAUCAGAAUCCUGGGGCAUGAUUUUCAUAAAUUACCACCAUAUAACUUUCCUUCAGCAGAAGAGCAUUCUGCCUGCUGCUUGUUCAAACACAGAAUUUGAGCAGACAUACCUUAAUUCAGUGUCAGUCCAAGUAGAAAGCAAACGUUAGCUUCAAAGCUAAUGCUUUUUCUACUGUUCUUUCUGCUUAUAUCUUAUGAAUAAAAGCAGUAUCUUUAUGAACCUGCAAGAAUUAUUCUCUGCUGUUCAGAAAAUUUAAAAAAGAAAAAAAAUUCAGCCCCAUACAUAGUCAGCUUGCUACCUCAUUUCAUUAGCAGGAAUUAAUACUUCCUCUAUUAUCGUGAUACUUUUGCCUUUAUUAUUACUUUCUUUCUACUUGUUUUUAUUAUUCUCAAUUGGCCAGUGCUAUUAAAGUCCUUGAUUAUA